AUUUUUUGUCGUUUCAUUAACGAGACUAACAGAUCAGCUGUUUAAGCAAAAGGAGUGUGAUGAUAUUGGCAAAAUAUUUGCAUCGUUUGAAAUUCGGGCUGCGCAUGCUACAUUUUUUAGUAUUAUUUAUAGAAAGUCUGCGGGCGGGAGUCGGCGCGCGCACUCGGUGUGGCGCGCGCGGGCCGAGAGCACUGGAGCCCCCAUGGAGCCCCCCGCGUUCCCCGCCGGCGCCGGCAGCCUCCAGACCGUGAGGGCUGCGCCCGGUAGUGACGCCGACCUUGUACUCCCUCCGCCUUACGGCACACCACCUUUCCACUACGUAUGGAGCCGUGCGGGAGCGUCGUUAGACGAUCGCUUCAAGGCGUCAGAGGACGCGGGCGGCGUUCGAUUGACGGUCUCGGCUGCUCGUACUGGCGACAGUGGCAUUUAUACGCUGCAAGCCAGCAAUGCUGCCGGUAAAGACACACGCCGCCUGCGACUUGAGGUGUCAGCAGAGGAGACACCGAGCGGCGACGACCCGCCGACCUUCCUGCGACGUCUACAAGACCUCACUGUCAAGGUCGGCACACGGACACGUUUCCUCGUCGAAAUCGUCAGCUCCACUGAAUGCAAGGUAACAUGGUAUCGGAACGAGAGGCGGCUGAUGGAGGCGGAACGCGUGUCGUUGGUGCGCGAUGGUAACUUCUGGUGUGCAGACGUGGCUACGGACGCGGGCCGCUGGACAUGUACGGCAGAAAACAUCGGAGGGAGAGCCAGUUGCUCUGCGCACCUUAAUGUACUUGUACCAAAGGCGUACAAGCGGCCAGAGUUCGUUGAGGAGCUCCGUGCGGUAUUGACUGAACAAGGCACCGUGUCGCUGGAGUGCAAGGUCGUGGGGGUUCCUACGCCAGUCCUGCGCUGGUUCAAGGACAGUCGCGAGAUAAAGGCCGGUGAUGUGUUCGCACUCACAGCUAAUGCAGAAGAUCCAACUUCGCUUGGCACAUACACUUGCGAAGCUGUGAACUGCAUGGGUAGAGCUUAUUCAUCCUCAAAGGUACACGUCAUCGGCCGUGGAUCAAGAGAUGGAUCCCUUCGACCUGGUCAAUCUGGGGGUGUAUCCCCAGAGCCGCCUCUGAUAUUCACAAAAGAGCUGGAGGAUCAGGCGGUGAAGAUAUGUGAUCCUCUGACCUUGAGUUGCCACAUCGUUGUCCCGCCCUGGCCCCGGAGUGUCGUCUGGUACAACAAGGAAGGAAAAAUAGAACCAAAUGAAAGGUACCACGUGACAGAGGACGGCGUGGGCGGUUACCUUUUAGAGGUGACCAGUGCAGAGUGGCAGGACGAAGGGGAGUGGAAGUGCGUCGCGACCAGCGCGGGCGGCCGCCUCGGUAUCACCACUUGCUACGUCACUAUGGAUGUACCGAAAAAUUUCCGCAAACCUCGGUUUAUGGAAAACUUACAAGCAAUACUCACUGAGGAAGGUCUGGUAUCCUUCGAAUGCAAAGUUGUUGGUUUUCCAACUCCAGUUUUAAGUUGGUUUAAAGAUGGUCAAGAACUUAAGCCAGGCGAUGUUUACCAACUAACUGGUACCAAUUCCUUAGGUUCCUAUUGUUGCAUAGCCAGAAAUUGUAUGGGGCAAGCCAGUAGCUCUGCGGAACUCACAGUGGAGGAUAUACAAAAUCAGUUAAAUGAAGAAGAAAAGUUACAGUUGUUCUCAAAAAAUCAGGCACCGAAAUUUCUUCAAGGUUUAAAAAGUGUGGAAGCAAAAAUCGAUGAACCAUUCCGUUUCACAGUUAAAGUUGCCAUUCCGCCUGAGCCAUCGGUCUUAUGGUACCGAGAUGAUCAGCCCGUGGAUGAUUCACCGCGUUGUCAUCUUGAUAAAGAAGAUAGAGGUGGAUUCUUUCUUGAUAUAAGAAAUCUAGAGUUUUUGGAUCAAGCAGAAUGGAAGUGUGUUGCUAUCAAUGACUUUGGCCAUAGCGUUACCUCAUGCUUUUUAAAGUUGAUUAUUCCGCGUCAUUAUAAAAAACCACGAUUCCUAGAAAAUUUACAAGCAAUUUUGUCUGAUGAGGGAGCAGUCAAUCUAGAAUGUAAAGUAAUUGGCGUCCCCCAACCUGUAUUAAAAUGGUACAAAGAUGGAGAAGAAUUAAAACCUGGCGAUAUUCAUAGGAUAAUAUCCGGUCAAGAUGGUACCUGUUGCUUAGGUACUUAUACUUGUGAAGCACAAAACUGCAUGGGCAUUGCUGCCAGUUCGGCUUCACUCCUCGGUUUUGAUGAUUCGACGAAAAUUAAAAGCAAAAAGAAAACAGAAGAACAGACAUUGCAGAGAAAUUUAUCCCUCAGCACUAUUCACGAAGAACGAACCUCACAAAUGUAUGAUACACCAGUGGGGGACAUAACUUUGGAUGAUAAAGGAGAAAUAUCCUUUUCUUUUGACGGAAAGGAAGUAUCAGUUUCAUUGUAUGAAACGCCAGAUUUGACGGAAGAGGAGGCAUUGCAAAUUGUUGAAAUGUAUGCGGAUCAAUUAUCUGAAAAUAUCACAGAGCAUAAUAUUGUUGAAUUGCCUCCCUUAAGAUUUGUGAAAGAAACAUCUAAUUCUGGUAAUUUACUAAUGGAAGCGAUAAUAAUUGACGUCUCACCAGAAUACUUUGCCUCACCAGAAGAAGAUCUCAGGACAGAAGCGGAUAUUGAAGACAUAUCUAUUGCCGAUGAAAACUUACCUUCCCAACUUUCUUUGGAUCAAGACCUUGAAGAAAAAAUUGUAUCCGCCUUGUCUGAUGAAAAAUACGAAGUUUCUCAUCAUUUAAAUAGAAAAAAGUCUGAUUCGCAAAAAAGCGCUGAUGAGUAUUUUAGUUUAUCUCGCGAACAUUCCUUAUCUGAAGAAAAAAGAGAUGACGAUACAGAAGUGAUAUCCGAAAGUGAUUUACUUAGUUAUGCAAGUGCGCAUAGCUCUGGAAAACCAAAAUCAAAAAUUGAUAAAGUAUUAUCUAAAGAUGUCAAAGACCCAUCAGAAGGUAAAACGGUCCCUAAGAUAAAAUCAGAAAGAGACGAUAGUUGCGGCUCUAGAAGAUCUAGUACUGAAAGCGAAAAAUCAAUAACUAAACGUAGGGAAGAUAUCAAAGAAAAGCAGAUAAGUCCUAUGGAACAAGUAACAUCGAUAAAUAAGUUAAUUGAAAAUGUUAUUGACAUAAGUACGUAUCUAAAUAUUUUGGUAAAAGACGUAGAAGAUCUUGAAAAUGAUAUAAUCCUAAAAUCAGAAUUUAUGUCUUCUGUCGUUACAGCGUCAAAGAGUGUAGAAAUUAUGAAUAGUGUGCUGUCUCCAUUGUCUGAAAUUAGUAAGAUAAUUGACAAACUUAAAGUGUGUCGAAUAGGAACUAAUGAGGAUAAUAGUGCACACUUUUAUAAUGUUUCGCAAUAUUUGAAAUCUCUGCAGCAAGCGCUAACUAUCAUUGAAAAAUGUAUUGACGUUGAGAGCGAGAAUAGAACUCUUGUAAAGAAAACGUGUGUGUUACUAAUCGAAAAAUGUAGCAGUCAAUUCCAAGAACUUAUGAUGCUUAUGAAGUUAAUAAAAACAAAUGGCCACGGCGUGGUAGAUAACAAAGUAUUGUUAGAUAUUGAUUCAAUAUCUGACGAAAUUAUUAAUAUUGUUAAUUUUACGGCAGGAACUAUAAAGACAAAUAAUUUGCUAAUUGAGGCUGAUAAAUUACAGGCCCUAGAAUUAUCUAUUGAAGAAAAGCACUUAAGGGAUACACAAAAAGGCAUACAAGAACUGAAAAAAACGCUUAUUUCAUUGCUCAAUAUUGUACAAAAUGCAGAAGUGGAAACAUUAAAAGAAGUUGAGAAUAUAAAUUAUAGUUCAGUCAUACUUGCUGAUAUGUCAGCAUCGAUUCAGGAUUUGCAAUUUGCGUUAGAACAAGUUGAGUUAUUGUCAGUAAAAGAAAACUCUCUACCUUUGAACAAUUAUAACACAGAAAUUAUAAAUGCUGUUUUGAAACCCGUACUUGAAUUAAGAAAUUCGUUUGAGUAUCUUUCCGAAGAAAGUAAAGAUAUUCAAGAUAAAACCAAGUUAAACCAAAAAUUAACAUGUGUUAAAAGUAAUAUAAAUGAGAUAUUUUCACAUUUAAAUAAUGUUGAAAAGAAUGUAGGGUCUUAUGAUAUUUUACAAAACGAUAAUAAACUAGAAACACUUCAAAAAAUGGCACAUAUUUUAAUAUUAUUAGAGAGUAAUUUAACAACUUUAGACCAUGUACCUUCGAUGAGAGAAAAUUUGCUUCAUUUACAUAAGAAACUAACAAAAAUUUUAGAAAAUGUGAUCGAAAGUAAUGAAGCAAAGAAGUAUUAUGAUUUUGUAGAAAUUUGUGAAGUCAUAAAAAGAAUAAACAAUUGUAUUGAAAAUGUUGACUCCCAUGCAAAUCUAAAUUUACCCAACAUUAGUAAUGCGUUUAACAUUAUCAAAGAAUGUCUAGUCAGAAACGUUUUCGAUACAGAUUUAAAUAAAUCCGUAAUUGCCAAUAUAUCUGAACUACAAAUUUGCAUUCAAGAAAUCAUCAAUCGAAAACAACAUGAAACUCUUGACUAUGAGUUUGAAUGUCUACCACAGACAUCCGAACGUGCAUUUGAUAUAGGUAAUGCAAAAGCUGUAAUGGAGCACAUUGAUCGAACUCUAGCAACGAUUGCUACAGUUACAUCUUAUCAAUCAGUAGAAGAGAAAAAUACGGUUGGCAUACAACCGUUGGAAAAUGUAAUUCCCAUUUUAGAAGAACUUAAAAAUGUUGUAGCUUCUUUGAGCUUAAGCGGGAUAGAUUGCGAAGAACAUGUGUCUGAAAUUACAGAUAUACCAUCUCAAUCAGUGGAACUUUUAGCUAAACCCCUCUUUGAGAUGAACCGACAUGUAUCAGUUCUUAAUGAAAUCUUAUUGGAAGACCCCGAAAGCAUAAAAAGAUACCAUCAACCAAUUUCAAUAUUCGCUCAAGCUUUAAACGAAUUAUGUGAGACUUUAGAAAUCGUGCAGCAUGACAUUAUUUCACAACUUGCAGAAUAUCAUACUAGUUCGUUUUCUUUUACUUUUGCUGACACUCUUCAAAGUCUACACAGUGCCAUCUUGAUAGUAAAUAAUAAUAUAGAGUUAGAAGUUCUUGAUGAAGUAUCAACUUUAGAAGAUAUAUCAGGUUUAAAGACUACCGCAGAUACAGUACAUACUGAUCACUUGGAAAUUCCAAUUAUUGAACAUAAGGAAAUACAAGACUUUUUAGAGCCAAUUACAGGAUUACCUCAAAAGUCUUCCCUGAUCCACAUUUUGCAUGUAUUAAAUAAACAUAUUACAAUACUCCAAAAUCCACAGAUUGUGGAGAUUUUAGAAAAAUUAACUAAGAGAGAAAUCCCUGCCAGUUUAUCAGCUGCUACAGAAUUGUCUACCUUACAAUUAAGAAUUCAAGAAAUUUUACAUACAAUGAUUCAAAGUUCUGAAAAUGUUUUUGCUAGAGCAACUUUUUAUGAAGUAAAUUCACUAUCUGAAUCGAUGCUUGCAUUACAACAGAGAUUAUCUCAAAUAACUACUGAAAACAUUCCAAUUAUUGAAGGUAUUGUAGAUAUUUCAUCGGACUUAAUACAUUCCGUUAUCCUAGCCGUUGCAGAAUUCAAAGAGCACCUUGAUAAGUGUAUAGACGUUAUAUUUCCAGCAUUGGAAGUUGUAAAUAAAACUGUUAAUGUAUCAAAUAAAAUUGGAACUUUAAAAGAAACGUGUGAAUUUUUGAGUGAUUUAAUAGCUAAUGAUAGCGCAUCAAAUACAACUUUUAACGAGAAAUUAAAACUCUUAAAUCUUCCAACAAAAAAAUUAUUAGACGCACUUGAUGUUUCCAAGGAGAUUGACGUAAAAAAUAUAAAGCACCUUACUGAAGAACUUCAUAAAGAAAGUUCACAUAUCGAAGAAGAAAUUAUAUCUAUUGCGCCAUUGCCCAUAGAACACAUGGAAGAAGAAGAAGCUCAUUUGCUAAAAGCUUUGGAUAAUAUCGAAUCAUCUAUUUCUAUUUUAGAUCAAUAUGAAUGUGUAAGUUUAUCUGACACUUUCAGUUUACAUUAUUGUUCUCCACAACAAGUUAAGGAAAUAGAACCACAUCUUCUGUGUCAAUUAGAUGAUAUUUUGAUUACUAUUUUUGAUGUAAUUCACGACUGUAAAAUUGAUUUUGAAAUUCAACAAAAUAUUAAAAGUUUUAUAGCUAUGUGCGAACAUAAAUGUAUUAUCCUACGUUCUUUAAUAAAACAUAAAUUAACAUAUAAACGUAUUAUUAGAUUGUACCAAGAAUAUAUUUAUAUGUAUAAUUCAGUUAAUUUAUUUAAAGAUAAUAUAUUAUUACUAAACGUGCCCAGUAACGUAGAACAAUUUUUGAUAGAGUUUCUUGAAAACAUAAAUAACUUCUUAGAUGACUUACGGAUAUGUGCUAUAAAUGUAUUAGAAAACAACAUGGAAUUAAUAUUUACAAGUCCGAUGACGUCUCUGACAUCCAAUUGCGAAACACUUGCUGAAGACAACAUAACUGCUGGUUCAUCUGAUUUAACAAAUGUAAUACAAGCGUUUUUUAAAGCUAAAGAAGUUAUUUUGCCGUCUUUGAAUAAUCUAGACGUUCUCGUUAUAAAAGAUCUGAAUUUAAAAGUAUCAAAGAAUGAAAUAAGUAGAAUGGAAGAAAAUGUUACAAAUGCGUGGAAUAAUUUUGAGGUGAUAUUCAAAAAAUACGUUUCAAUAAAUCUAUCAAAGGCCAAGCAAAAGCAUCAAAUCGAUAAGGCGAAUCAAUGUAUUCAAAAUUAUAGCGAUUGUAAAAUUUCAAAUGGAAGAGCAAAACAAUUGAUUCUAUUGCAAAGUAUGGCUGAUUGUUCAGAAAUUCUAAAGGAAAUUGUUUUGGAAAAUCGAGAAUUACUGAAAAAUAAGUUACAGAAACUAGAAUAUUUGGAGGUUUCGUUGUCAGAAAUGUACACAGAACUCCUUGAUCUUUGUGAGAAACUAAAAGAAGCAAACUAUACCGAUGCAUCUUUAGAUUCGUACAUUCUUAAUGUUAAUGAGAAAUUCUGUAAAUUUAUCGCAGAGCAUCACCAGGCACAAUGGCUAAUAAUAACAAGCGGAGCUAAAUCUUUAAUUUUAAAAGUAUGUAACGAGAUAAAUAGAGUUAAAAAACACUUAAAUUAUUCCGACGCCCAAACAGACCCGACAACUAUAACUAUCAAUACUUUUGUGAAUACCAUAAAUGAAAUUGAAAAACUAUGCAUUGUAACACUAUAUUUACAAGAAACAGAAAACAUACAAACUCUACAAAUUGGUAAAAUGAUGGAUCACAUCGACGAGUUUGUGUCUAAAGAUACCAUUGAAGUGAUCAAGAAAAUAGCGAUUUCGUCAAAUGAAAUUGAUGCCGACAAAACAGUGAAGUUAGCCACAGAGCUUAAGGAAAACAUUUCGGCUAUUAUGUUAUCGCCAGAAGUCCAGUUAUCCAAAGAAACUUUCCAGGAAAAUCUAACCGAAACAAAUGUUUCUCUGGCAUUAGAACUUCAGCAAGCUCUUUCGGUCGUAGUUACGGAGAUUUACGAAAAAGCUGAUGAACUCUCGUCACAAUUUGAUGGUAUUAAUAUUCAACAAGUAAAGAGUAAUUUAACUAACUUGUCUUCUGAUCUGAAUGUGCUCGUGACGUCACCCCAAGUUGUUGAAAAGAAAGAUCAUGUAAAUCAAGCAGUGAUUGAUAGUGAAAAUGCAAUUAAUAUAGAAAGCAUCACAGAAGACUUAACACUAAAAGAGAAUGUGGAAGAGGUUUUGGAUGGUUUUAGACUGGAACAGAUAAAAGAUGAAACUGAUUUUGAUGAUGGCGAAACCAAAAAUACAUUGCACAAUCUCAAGUCAUUGCUUAGAGAAGUAUAUGAUAAUAUCAGUAUGUUAGCGAAUUCUAGAACAGGUGAUGAUAUAGAAACUUUGCAAAAUACACUAGAUGAAAUUCAAGCUGUUAUUAUUGAAUUGAAAAGGGACUACAAUGAGUCCGUAAAUGAAACUCUUAAUGAAAGUCUUCAAGACUUAGAGUGUAGUGUAAGAAGUGUUCAACUACAGAUUAAUGAAGAGAGUCCUCCCGAACUUGUAAAAGAAGCUUGUGAAACUUUGCAGCUACUAGUAUCUAAUAUGUGCGAAACGCAUGAAUUCCAAGUAGUACAAACCACAGGCCAUAAGGAAAAACUAGGCAACAUUAUAAGUUCAUGUUCCAAUGACACUGAAGAGACGAUCCAUCUUUUAGAAUCCGCGUUGAAUAUGAAAUCAAACAAUGAAAUUCAAUUCGAUAGACUGUAUACAUAUAUUAAUGAAUUAAAGCUGGUUAUCAAAUCACUAAAAAGUAGUUUUGCGGAUAAUAGUGAAGAUUUAAUUGAAAAAGGCAUUGAAAUCAUGCAUAACUUAGACGACACAGAGGAACGGGUCUUCGCUUUAGAGAAAGAAAUAGACUUGUAUAAAAACUUAACUCCCAUACAAAGAGACAGCAUAGUAACUGCGAUACAUUCUGUUUAUGGAUCCAUUUCAAAUAUGAGAAGUGCCAUGUCGAGUGUACAAAAACAUUACAUGUGCGAAAAUUACGGAAAAUCUUCCGAAAAAAUAUUGACUGCGUUGAAAUGUAUUGCUUUUAUUGCAAAUAAAACUGAUAAAAAUUGGAAGACUUUAAGUAAAUCAUUGCGUAAAGUUUUAAAUCAUUUCGAGGAUAUAAAAUUUUAUAUAAACCUUGACAAAACUGCGAGAAUUCCCGGUGAUGCUUCAUUUACCAAAAUAAUAUUACUGGAUCUUAAAACUACCAUUGAAUCAUUGAUACUUGAACAUGUUAACGUUUUUAGUGAAGACGUUCUACUUAAUACUAAAAAUAUAGUCGACUGCCUCGAAUUUAAUCUUCUUAAAAUGGAAAGUAAAUCAAGUUUACAAGUGAAAGAGAAAAUACCAAUUUUUAAAAGUAUUGGUCAAAAAAUAUGUGUGCUUGCAUCAUCUAUAAAGGAACAUUUAGAGUUAUUAGAAAAAAGGGAAGAAACCGGCGAUAUUGAAAUAUUGCAGCCUGAGGAUUCAUCUAUAAUAGAAAAAAGUGAAUUACCUAAAGAAUCUACGUUGAUUAAAGGCCCAAUUAAUGAAGAACAAAUAACAAAUAUAGUGAAAGAUGUAUUAAAGGUUACAAGCGAAAAAAUACCUUUCACAGAAAAAGAUAACCACGUAAAUUUCGAUAUUUCCAACAUUGAUAAAGAUUCAAUUGAAGAUUCUUUAGGCAGUAUUAAAAACGAAAACGUGCAAUCCGGAAGGUUCAGUACAACAGGUGAUAUCGACAUAAUAGGAAAACCCGAAAAUAUUGGAUUUAAAAUAAAUACUCAUGCACCCGACUUUGUUUUGGAAAUUCUGUCGGAAACUAUUAUGACCGAAAAUAUAACAGAAGCAUCUUUGUUAAUCCUAGAAGAAUGUAAGCAUUUAGAAGCGCCCUUACUGCAAAUUACGGAAACUGGUAUGUUGUAUAAGGCCCACGUCAGUGAAGCAGUAAUUGAACACAUGAAGGAUUCAGAUUUCGGAAAAGAUCAUGCUUUUAGUCCACAUUCACAAGAGGCGAAACAAAUUGAAGAUGAAAAACCUCUUGUAAAUCAAAUACCAGAAGUCACGCAUGAGUCUAAAGAAACUGAUGACUACACUUUAAUGGGUUAUACAAAUGAUACGAACGAAAGGCUUAAAAUAGAUGUAACGCAGGAUGAAUUUAAAUGUAACGAUGUAAUAAGGCAACAAGAAACAAUUGACAAGACUUCAAUAGCAACUGAUCAACAGCCUCAAAUGCAAAAACAAAAAGAACACGGUAUGGUUGCAGAAAAAAUAGCUGAUGAUAUUUCAGGAAGUACUGAUGACUUGGAGAAUGUAUCUAAGAACGAUAAAACAAUUGUAGAUGAAAAGCAUGUAAAUAUUAAAGAAAAUAUUGAAAACAACGUUAUAAAAGUCGAUAAGUUCGAUGUAAUUAUUGAUGGUGAGGUGGUUGACGAUAAAGCUAUAAUAAACAAAAGUGACGAAAUAAACGUUAAAUUUAAAAUUAUCCAUGAUCAAGAUUCUCUUCAACAAAUAAACAAUCUCAGCAAUCGCAAGGAAAAUGAACUCAAUGCGAGUAAGGACUAUGAAAUUACACCUGAUAAAGACAUUGUCAACGUAAAAAUUUCGGAAAAGGAACGAGACAAGGGAACUUUGUUACUAGAAGUGCAAAAAUGUACUAUUGAGUUCAAAACUGAGGACAAUACACAUGAAGAUAAAAUCGUAGAAACAGUAGAAGAUUCAAAUUCCCAAACACUAUUGCUUGAGAGUCCAGAAUUUAAUACAAAUGUUCAAAAAAUUCCAGAGGCGCAAAAUGUUUACCAUGAACAUAGUAUUAAAAUAAAUAUGGAACCUAAAAUAGAAGAAGGCAAGGUCAAGGAGACAAUAAUUGAUAAAAAAGAAGAGUUACAAUCUCCACAUUUAUUAGAUAAAGUAGUUGAGAAUAAGUCUUCUGAAAUUUCCGACGAGUUCCUUGCUUUACAAAACAAAACUUUAAAACAGAGUACUACUAACAAUGAGCAUUUAAAAGGCACUUGCCAUAAUCAAAAUAAAAAUACAGAAACACAAAUAGAUACUUCACAAGAUCAAAAAACCGAAACAGAAGAAAACACUAAUAUGAUCAGUUAUAAAAAUGAAAACAAAACAGAGAUGGAAAGGAAAGGGAAAUCAAAUGUUAGCGGAAUUCAAAAUCAAAAUGUUGAUACUGACACGGAAAGAAAAUGUUCAGAUGAAACAAACACAACAAAUGAAAAUCCACCAGACAAAGAAAAACCUAAACGAAAGAAAAAAGAGGUCAGAAAUAAAAAACAAGUCCCAACUUCACCAAUUACUGAUAACAUACCUGAACAAUCUAAAGAUAUUGAUGUCAAAGAGAAUCAUGGUUUCCAAAGAAUAGAUACUUUAAAGACCGAAGAAAAACUAAUAGAUAAAUCUAUGGAUGUCAAAGAGAAACUGAGUGAAACUCAAAGAAGCAAGGUAAGUGAAUCUAGUGAUAAGAUAAUUUUAGAUCAGAUGUUAGUGCAAGGGGGACUAAGCAAGGAAAAAUUAAAAGAAGACAAUAUGGAUAACGAAAACAUAGACGUAGAAACAGAUUUAUCUCUAGAAAAUGUUUCUAAUUAUCGAAGGGACGACACCCAAAAUCCAGAAACACUGAAAAUCAAAAAUCCAUAUGUUGAGAAAACAAUAUUAGCAACUGGGUCAGAAUAUAUAACAAACAAAAAAUGUAUCGAAGAUAAUUAUAACGUUGAAAAUUCUAAUGAAAACAGACUAAAAAUCUCCAGAGAAUAUAAUUUACAACUCGACAGAAGUAGUGGUCGAGAAUUUGAUGAACAUGGUAGAAUUAAUUCAAAAGAACAAGAAUAUCUCACUUCGCCCCAAAUAAAUAUGAGUCAAAUUAAGCAAGUCGAUAUAUUAAGUUAUGAAAAUAAUGACGCAACUGUAAAUGUAGAUAAUUCUCGUAAAAGUACGCACACCUCACCGAAAAAUAAUGCUGUAUUUAUUGAUAAAACCGGAAAUAGUUAUGACAACGAGUUUUUAAAGCCACCAGGAUAUGUUGAGAGAACUUUUAACUAUGACCAUUCUACAUCCGAUUUGGAUAUAGCUCAAAACUGUCCAUUUUACAAAGCUCAAACUUUAGUGCGUAAUACCCAAUAUACAUCGCCAUUAACUGACAAAAUUCAAAGUGACGAGUCGGUAGAGAGAAAAGAUGUCUCCCAUAAAUUAAAAGCUUUAAAUGAAACGAGGAAUUUUAUCACAGAGAAACGCUCCAAACUACUACGUGAUGUUAAAAGGAAGCCAGUUUUUUCCACCUUUCUUACUGAUAGAACAGCUGUAGAAGGGUCCAGAGUAAAACUCACGUGUAGUGUUUUAACAACAUUAGAACCAAAAAUUGAAUGGUUUAAAAACGGUAUUCUACUCGAUAAUAAACUAAAAUACAGAACAAAAUCAGUUGAAGGCCUGUUAACGAUGGAAGUCCUCAAUGCUGAACCGAGCGAUUCCGCCGAAUAUAGUUGCACCGUUGGAACGGAAAACGGAUCAGUAACUACUUCCGCAAUUUUAAAGGUAUACCCCACUUUUGAAGUUUCACCCAUACCUCCGACUUUUACAAGAUCGAUAAGAGAUAAGUACCAUCUAGCCGAAAACGAAUUGGUGCUAGAAUGCCGUAUUCGAGGACAACCACUUCCGACUAUUACUUGGCUAAAAGAUGAUAGAUUAAUAAAUAUCACUGAUAGAUAUCAAGCAUAUUACUUAGCUGACGGAGUUUGUAGAUUGACUAUUAGUAAUCCUUCAUCAGAAGAUAGUGGUAAAUAUACAUGUAAAGCAGAAAAUUCCAUGUGGUCAGAUCAAAUAAGUCACAUAGUUACAUUCACAGGUAUAGAAUCUCGCUACGGCCUUCGUUCUACAUCUGGAGAAUCAUCUCGAUUAAACCGUCAAUUAUCUGAAGCUCGUCGACCACAUUUCACAAAUGUGUUAACUGACUAUAAAGUUACUAGUGGAGGCACAAUUGGUCUGCAAGUGGAAAUAAAAGGCUCUCCAACAAGAGUAGAAUGGCUGCGUGAAGGUCAUGCAAUUACUGAUAGUUAUAGAAAUGCUCAAACUUUUGUAGACCAUGGAUUAUAUACCUUAGCACUAUCAGAUGUUACUGAAAAAGAAUCCGGUAUAUACACAUGUAGAGCUUGGAGCAAUCAUGGAAAUGUUGAUAUGAAUGCAGCAAUAACUGUAGUCAAACCAAAUGAGAUCGAUGGCAAGCCGGCAGUUAUAAUUGGUCGACCUCAGAAGGAUGUACUUAUUUCAGUUGGUGAAGAUUUAAAUAUAUCAUUCAGAGUACAAGGAGAACCAAAACCUAAAGUGACUCUAAUGAAGGGUAUUCGAGAUAUAACAAAUAGCCCACGAGUAUGCAAAAUGAAAUCAGAUGACUAUAUUAAGUUUACAUUAAAGAGGUCAGUUGUAUCUGAUGCAGGAACAUAUUGCAUUCUUGCAAGAAAUGCUUACGGAUGUGAUAGAGCUUUUGUUACAGUUGUGGUGCGACAACGCGCUUCAUCUGAUCAUUUAAUAUCUGACUGGACUUAUCCUGCGGACUCAACAAUUACUGUAGAUGAACGAAGGUACAAAUCUGUACCAAAUCGUAUCCCGGGAGAACCGACUGUAGUGGACGGUGGAAAUAACUGGAUCUCAUUAGCGUGGCCGAAGGUAGAUCCUGAAGGGGGUGCCCCAGUGUUGGCAUAUAAAAUUGAGAGUUGGUUACUGGGUACAGAGGGAGGAGCGCGCUGGAUAGAACUUGGUAUUACCCCGCUAUGCACCUUUGAAGCUUAUAAUCUAAAGCAAGGAGAAGAAUACCAUUUCAGAGUGACUCCAAGAAACAGAUACGGUUGGGGAGAGUCGGUGCAAACAUCGACUUCAUUCGGCGUUGGCUUGACCGGUGAUAGGCCGGAAUUCGUUGAAGUGCUACCCGGUCAGUUGAAAGUUCUAGUUGGGGAGACUGCUACAUUGAAAUGCAGUUUUAAAGGCAAACCUACACCAGAAAUCGUUUGGAUGAAGAAUGGACAUGAAAUUGACGAAGAGGACCAAAGAUUAAAAACAUGUUUAAGCAAUUACAACUGUUCUCUGACCAUCAACGAUGUUCAAUUAAAUGAUGAAGCCCGUUAUAGCUGCGAAGCCACAAACGUCCACGGCAGAGCAUCGACGUAUUCAAGAAUAGCGGUCGUCACCGACAAGAGUAUUUGGGAGGCGGAUACAAAGCUUAAGAGAGAAAGAUCAUCAGAUGGCGGAGAGUGUCCGCCGCAGUUCACAAUGCGACUGCGUGACAGGCGCGUGCAGGCCACGUACCCUGUCCGCCUGACAUGCCAGGUUAUUGGUAGACCACCGCCCCUUCUUACUUGGUACAAGAAUGGCGAAGAAAUCGUCAAUGACAAUCGUCAUACGAAGUCGCAGGACGAACAUUUUCACACUUUGGAAAUUGCGCCCACGACGCUGGAAGACGGCGGCGUAUAUGAGGCGACGGCGCGGAACGGCAACGGUGCAAUCAGUUGUCGCUGCAACCUGGUCGUCGAUAAGGGCAUCAGAGCUUACAUAGCACCGGAAUUUUGCUGCGGACUGGAGCCGUUGUAUCAGCUGAGCAUUGGUCAAGAGUUAAGAAUAUCAGCGGUGGUUGAGGCAUAUCCAUCUGUGGGAGUGACGUGGUACAGAGACGGAGUGCGGCUGCGGCCCUGUCGACGAGCGGUGAUGACAUUAGACAGGGACGGACAGAUAGAACUAGCAGUGGGCUCAGUAACACAACGGGACGCCGGUGUCUAUACAUGCACUGCGUCGAAUGAAGUGGGCAAAGCAUCUACAUCAGGAAAGGUUGAAGUGUUUGGUGAAAGUGAUGGAGAGAGGAAACCAACCAUCCCAACCGUUAUUUGCUCAGACGUACCAUAUUCAAGAGAACCAACUUUUAUAAGAAAACCAAGAUCAAGUGAAGCUUACGAAGGAGAUACUAUUAUUAUAGAGUGUGAGGUAACAGGCGACCCAAAACCAGACGUUUUUUGGCUGAGGGACUUUUUGAAGCCCGACUACUACCGGGACGGAUCUCACUUCAAGCGCGUUGGCGCUGGCCCUGAAUACCGCUUCGAGAUCCCGCACGCAAAGCUAGACUAUACGGGCGCUUAUUCAGUCGUCGCUAGAAACGUUUAUGGCGAGGCGAAAGCAGUUAUAUCGCUACAAAUUUUGGCUAAAGAUCCGCUUUCAACUGAGGAGGCGCACAAUGUUCGUUACGGCCGAGUAGAAGUGAUUCCACGUUUUGAGAAGGAGCUGACUGAUUUGUUGUCACAUGACGGGGAUGCAGUUGAGUUCGAGUGCCGGGUGACGGGGGAGCCUGAGCCCGACAUCAAAUGGUAUCACUACACUAAGAUAAUUCGCGAAUGCUCUGACUUCGAGACUGGCUAUGAGCUUGGCACUGCGCGGUUGAAGAUCAAGCAAGUGACUGCUGACGAUGAGGGCACUUACACCUGCGAAGCAUACAACUAUCUCGGCAAAGCAACCUCUAAAGCUUGUCUUGUCGUUUAUCCUGCGGGUGAGCCAAAUACUUUGAGCCAAAGACUACGGAGGCCUCCAGUGUUAUUGUCGGCCGCAUCUACCCCGCGGUCUACGCCCGCUCGAUCAAUCUCCCGCACCCGAACACCCGGUCCAGACAUAAGAAGUCUUUGUAGCCCUGCCCGUGAGAUAACACCAAAGUUCUAUACCUAUCCUUAUAAUAAAGUGGCAGAAGAAGGCGACACGGUAGUCUUUCAGUGUGCGGCGAAGGGCCUUCCCGCACCGUGGGCGACCUGGGACAAAGAUGGCGUCGUCAUAACACCCUCCUGUAGAAUAACGAUUAAAGAGAAGGACGAGAUAUUCAGAAUUUUAGAAAUCGAAGAAGUAAACAGCGAAGAUGUAGGACUGUACAGAGUGACCCUGGAAAACGACUAUGGCAGGGCGGAGGCAACUGCGAGGCUCGAAGUUAUAUCACAAAAAGGGAAGUUCUACGCCAGUGGGAGAUCCUAUAGCGCCUCCCCGAGGAAGUCUCUGCCGUACAAAAGGAGUAUGUACUCCCUUCCGAGACAAGACUGACGAAAACCGAUUACGAAACUUAUUUUGUUCACGUAGAUUUAGAAAAUCGGCGCCCUCAAUUUUAUUAAAAUAAACUUUUCUCUAAUGGCUGCCGCGUGUGACGUCUUGAUAACAGUUUUAUUACAUUUAUUUAAGUGCAUUUUAUUUAUUAUAAAAACAUAAUAUUUUUUAUUAAUAUUUAUCAAGAAAAUUAUUAUUCUUAAAUGUUAACAUUGAAAUGUGGAAAAAUUCGGAUUUUUUCUCCUAAACUAUUAUUUUUAGCCAAUAUUUAUUAAACAGCAAUUAAAAGCACCAUGUAGAAAGUUUGAAUAUAUGUAAGUGAUAUCAUAUAUGAAUGUGUUAUUGUAGGUGUCCACAGUAGUACACACCUUCGAGUCAGGUAGAAUAUAUGUUACAUUAUGAGUU